GCCAUCCCGGGCGCGAUCCCCUAGCGCAGCACCCGGCGCUGCCGAGCUACCUCCCCUGCCGCCCGCUAGCAAGUUUGGCGGCUCCGAGCCCGGCGCGUCUCGGGAUCUCUAGGUGCAUUUGUUUCUUCCUGGCUUCGGUGCGCCCUGCUUGGCGGGGACCCUCGCGAGCAAUGCCGAUGGAUGUGAUUUUAGUUUUAUGGUUCUGUGUGUGCACUGCCAGGACAGUGGUGGGCUUUGGUCUGGACCCUGACCUUCAGAUGGAUUUUAUCACCGAACUUGAUCUUGUGAAUACCACCUUUGGAGUCACGCAGGUGUCUGGACUGCACAAUGCUAGCAAAGCAUUUUUAUUUCAAGAUACAGAGAGAGAGAUCCAUGCAGCCCCUCAUGUGAGUGAGAAAUUAAUUCAGUUGUUCCGGAAUAAGAGUGAAUUUACCUUUUUGGCCACCGUACAGCAGAAGCCAUCAACUUCAGGAGUGAUACUGUCCAUUCGAGAACUGGAACACAGCUAUUUUGAACUGGAGAGCAGUGGCCUGAGGGAUGAGAUUCGAUAUCACUACAUACAUAAGGGGAAGCCCAGGACAGAGGCACUUCCAUACCGAAUGGCGGACGGGCAGUGGCACAAGGUCGCACUGUCAGUGAGUGCCUCUCACCUCCUGCUCCACGUGGACUGCAAUAGGAUUUAUGAACGUGUGAUAGACACUCCAGAGACCAACCUUCCCCCAGGAAGCAAUUUAUGGCUUGGUCAGCGAAACCAAAAGCAUGGCUUAUUCAAAGGGAUCAUCCAAGAUGGAAAAAUCAUCUUUAUGCCAAAUGGAUACAUAACACAGUGUCCAAACCUCAAUCGCACUUGCCCAACCUGCAGUGAUUUCUUAAGCCUGGUGCAAGGAAUAAUGGAUUUACAGGAGCUUUUGGCCAAGAUGACUGCAAAACUAAAUUAUGCAGAGACAAGACUUAGUCAAUUGGAAAACUGUCACUGCGAGAAGACUUGUCAAGUGAGUGGACUGCUCUAUCGAGACCAAGACUCUUGGGUUGAYGGUGACCACUGCAGGAACUGUACAUGCAAAAGUGGCGCUGUGGAAUGCCGAAGGAUGUCCUGUCCCCCUCUYAAUUGCUCUUCUGAAUCCCUCCCGGUGCACAUCGCUGGCCAGUGUUGUAAGGUCUGCAGACCAAAAUGUAUCUAUGGAGGAAGAGUUCUUGCAGAAGGCCAGCGGAUUUUAACCAAGAGCUGCAGGGAAUGCCGAGGUGGAGUUUUAGUAAAAAUUACAGAAAUGUGCCCUCCUUUGAACUGUUCAGAAAAGGAUCACAUUCUUCCAGAGAAUCAGUGCUGCAGUGUCUGUAGAGGUCAUAACUUUUGUGCUGAAGCACCUAAAUGUGGUGAAAACUCAGAGUGUAAAAACUGGAAUACAAAAGCUACUUGUGAGUGCAAGAAUGGUUACAUUUCUGUCCAGGGAGACUCUGCCUACUGUGAAGAUAUUGAUGAAUGUGCAGCUAAGAUGCAUUAUUGUCAUGCCAAUACUGUGUGUGUCAACCUGCCGGGGUUGUAUCGCUGUGACUGUGUCCCAGGAUACAUUCGUGUGGAUGACUUUUCUUGUACAG